UUUGCACCAAAUUGGAAUUUCACAAACGCUGGUGCAUUUCCAAAAGUGAAACACAUUCUCCUUCUUCUUUCCCAAGAACACUCUUUCUCUCUCUCUCUCUGUGCCUGAGUGGAUCAGAAGGAGUUUUUGAGUUUAGAGUUUGAAAUUUGAUCAGAUCUAGAAAUAGAAAAGGGGGGCAAUUGAAGCAGCAAAAUCAAUAGCAAAAGCAAUGGCAACAGCGACAGCGCCGGACCACCUAUUCAAUUUGAGGAACAACUUCUACUUGGGAGCCUACCAGGCCGCCAUUAACAACAGCGAUCUCCCAAAUCUCUCCCCUGACGACGCCAUCGAGAGAGACUCCCUUGUCUACCGCUCUUACAUCGCCCUCGGCAGCUACCAGCUUGUUAUCAAUGAGAUCGAUUCCUCUGCCGCCACGCCUCUCCAGGCCGUCAAGUUGCUCGCUCUGUACCUCUCUAGCCCCGAUAACAAGGAGUCGACAAUCUCUAGCCUGAAAGAGUGGUUGGCAGAUCCAGCGAUUGGAAACAACCCAAUCCUUAGGCUCAUUGCUGGGAUCAUAUUCAUGCAUGAACAGGACUAUAACGAGGCUCUCAAACACACUAAUGCCGGAGGGACUUUGGAACUGCAUGCACUAAAUGUUCAAAUAUUCCUGAAAAUGCAUAGAUCAGAUUAUGCAGAGAGACAGCUGAGGGUGAUGCAGCAGAUUGAUGAAGACCACACUUUGACUCAACUCGCCAAUGCCUGGUUAAAUCUGGCAGUGGGUGGCGCCAAGAUACAGGAAGCAUAUCUUAUCUUCCAAGAUUUCUCUGAGAAGUAUCAGAUGACGAGCCUGAUCUUGAAUGGUAGAGCUGUUUGCUGCAUGCACAUGGGAAACUUUGAUGAAGCUGAAACACUGCUACUUGAAGCACUAAACAAGGAUGCGAAGGAUCCAGAAACUUUAGCCAAUUUGGUUGUAUGCUGUCUUCACCUUGGUAAACCACCUUCCCGCUUUCUCAGCCAAUUGAAACUUUCACACCCAGACCACAUCCUCAUCAAACGGGCAACUGCUGCCGAAGAGAGCUUCGACAGAGCAGUUCAAUCAGUUGCUUGAAGACUCACGGAUGGUUUAGUGAAGAGCUGAAUGGUCUAAAGAAUUAUUCUUUCAUCUUUUUUUUUUUUUUUUUUCUCCUGAUGGCUGUUCUUUUUGAUUUUGUAAGCUAAGAACAUAUAAAUUGAAUGGAAAAGAUAUGUUUGGUGAUAGAAUUCAAAUCAUUAUUGGAUAGAGUCCCUAAUAUGAUAUUUUUGUGUGAAUUACAAAAUCUUCUAUGAAAUUAUACUCAACUUUCUUCAAAUUAUAUCAAUAA